AUGCGCGCUUUCUCUAUCGUGCUUCUUCUCUGUAUCGCCGCCGGCAUCACCGCCCAAUUCUGCUCCAAAGGCAGUAGCUUUUCGCAAGACUCCAAAACUCGACAAGGAUCAUGUGGAACACUGUUGAACGGUGGAGCCAAGAGCCCCAGCGAAGUGAAAGGACCCACGCAAGCUGAGAAGGACGCCGCCGGUUGUCUAUGUGGUGGCUCCGAAAGCUCUCAUGAAUCCCAUGAAUCCGGUGAGUCCAGGAGCAAACGCUCUGCUGAAGCUUCUGGAAGCGAAGAAUCCACCACCGCUGAAGCCACCACUGAAGCUAGUGUUGAAGCCACCAGUGCUUCUGGAUCUGAAGAAUCUUCUGGAUCCGGCUCCAGCUCCGGUAGUGAGGAAGCGUCUGGUUCGGGAUCAGGCUCUGAAGAGUCUGGAUCUGGUUCUGGCAGCUACGAAGCCUCGGGAUCUGGCUCUGGAAGUGAGGAAGCAUCUGGUUCUGGCAGCUAUGAAGCCUCCGGUUCUGGCUCGGGAAGUUACGAAGCAUCCGGCUCCGGCAGCUAUGAAGCCUCAGGCUCUGGAGGAUGUGUCUGUAGCGGAUCUGGAAGUGGAACCAUCAGCGCCAUCUACGGCAAGGAAGACUUCUGUCUCUUGUUCCAAUACUUCCUCGAGAUCACGGUCCAAUUGGGAGACGAAUCCAUUCAGGAAGCUUGGAUCGAGCUCCUUAACACCAUGCAAGUCGAGAUCAUCUUCGAUGCCAGCUUGACUGUCCAACAACAGCUCUCUGCCAUCUACGGAGAGAUCAGCGUCUUCAUGCUUACCUACCCAUCCUGUGCCUCUGUCAUCAACAACAUCUACGUCACCGAAUGGAACGGUUAUGUGUUCAACUUGGAAGAGCUCGCCGUCGAUUCUUCAUAUGAGGUAUCUGAGACCAUCAUUGAGUUGGACGCUACUGGAAACUGUGCCUUGUUCGAGGCUCUCCGCAACGCCAGUGCUGGUACCUCCUUCGAAGCCCAAGUAGAGACCUUGAUCGCUUCGUUGACCGUCACCAUCCAGGGCUCCUCUUCCUUCUCGGUCCAAUGUGCUGGUAUCUACUCUCAACUCGUUCAGUUCUUCGCCACCUACAGUGGAUCUGAAAGUAUUCUUUGCGGAGGUGAAAUCGAAGGUUACGGUCCCGUAUCCAUCUUCUUGGCCGUUUCUGGAAAUGUAAGUUUAAUUAACCUAACAUAUCUUUUAUAUUGACGUAGUAUUAGAAUAAUAUUAACCUUUAUGUGCUCUUUCUAUAGCAACUUCUUUCAGUACUUCCGUAUCCAAAACUUCGCCGUCGCUGUUGGAGGUAGUGCCAGCUCUUGCGAGUUGGUCGCUCAGCUCAACGCUACUGUGUACAACGUCAAUGCUGGUUCAACCUCGGAGCGUGCUCAACUCAAGGAGCUUGUCGAAGACUUGGUCACCAACUUUGCUUCUUUGUCAGUUGAAGCCCGAGUAGAGUACUUCAUCUCCGCCUUCUACCAGUUCCUGAUCAUCCAAGACUGGUCGAUUACCAUCACCUUCGGCAUCGAGUUGAAAGGUUUCGGAACCAUCGGAGAAUUGAUCGCUGCUGAAUGCUUCGUAAGUGAUCGUUGAUGUUAUAUCUGAAACUGCUUUUAAUAUUCGAUAACUUAUUUAUUUAAACUUACCUUCAGGAACAACAAUACGGAGCUGUCAGUACCACAGUUCAAGUUGCAACCACCACCGAAGAAGCUGAAGAAACCACCGUAUCUACUUCUAAAGCAACUACCACUGCAGCUACCACCGCCGGUACCACCGCAGCUACCACUGCUAAGCCAGGAAGCUGUGCCACCGCUGCUCAACUCCUUACCAAGGGCAGCAACAGCAACACAUCCUUGACCAUCUCCAUUCAACAGAGCUUCAGCACGACCACCUGGACUGCUCAACAGAAGACAAGCUUCUCAGCCUACUUCAAGAACAUUAUCACCUUGCAGACCCAGUAUACUGGCCAAACCUGCAUCAACAAGGUCGCCAAUGUCUUGCUGAACUGGACCAAGGAUGCUGCUUCCAUCACAGCCACCAAGAGCGUCCAGAUCUAUUUCUACGCUUCCAAUGCUAAGACCACCUACUGGGGUACAGUUGGCCAAUUUUGCAGUUGCGCCACCAGCUAA